AUGAGACCACUCAUGACUCCAACAUGUAACCUCGCCGGAUGGAACCGCCACAUCGUCCCAAAGAACACGCGAAGGGCUUUCACACCUUGGAUCCGGUCGGCCCAACUAUCCCAUUCCAACACACACAUCCCAUCGAAUUCAAACCAAAAGCCCAGCCCGAAAUCUCAACUAUUCUCAUCCAACUCUAACUCCAACUCUCCAAUCAACAAGAGGAUCAAGUACCCCAGCCUGAAAAACCACCGGAUCUUACUCGUCAAGAAAUCCAAUGAUGAACGAGCCAUGAAAGCAUUAGAUUCACUAAUCUCGUAUUUUGACCAACAGCGCCCUCAAAUUAAAACGAUAGUCGAAGAAGACCUCAAUACGUUAGAAACACGGAAAGAUAUCGACCUGGUGAUUGCGCUUGGUGGAGAUGGCACGGUACUCCACAUCUCUCACCUUUUCAAAAAUACUGCCUGCCCGCCUAUUCUUGGAUUCAACUUGUGCACGAUCGGAUUUCUAUUGCCCUUUUCUCCCGCUGAUUGGUUUAAGGUCAUCAACGAGGUUUUAAGUGGAAAAAUCGGAGUCGAAGAAAGAAUGAGAUUAGAUUGUUUCAUUGGGGAGAGCGGAGAUGAGCACAAACGCGGAGGCAUGAAAGAUACCUUUGAAUCAGUUGAGAGGAAUUCGACAACAUCAAACUCGUUGGUUGACUUGAGUGCCAUGAAUGAAGUUAGCCUUCAUCGUAACGCUUCUCCUCACAUGGUGGCGAUCAAUAUCUCGAUUGAGAAUCGGUUCUUCACUCAGGCGGUCGCCGACGGAUUGAUCAUUUCCACCCCGACAGGUUCCACUGCUUACUCGUGUUCAGCUGGCGGGCCGAUUGUCUAUCCAAGCAUGGAAGCGAUGCUGUUGACACCAAUCUGUCCACGUAGUCUUAGCUUCAGACCGCUGGUAUUACCCGCUGAUCUCCAUGUCCAGCUGGCGUUGGAUCCCAACUCUCGAUCAACCGCUGAACUCAGGGUCGACGGGAUCAGUAUCAAAACUAUCCAUCCUGGCGAAUCCAUUGAAAUCCGUCGCUCAGAUCACCCCAUUCAUAUCUUUUCGCCCCCAAACUCUAACGCCUUCGUCCACGACCACUGGAUAAAUGAUUUAAACAUAAUGUUGAACUUCAAUCGUGCUUAUCAAUCGAAAGAAUCUCCUUGA